AAUCCUUCUAUGGAUUUGUUUAAUGAAUAGCCUCCUGUCCUUCAUUUAAGUGAGUCCUCAUUCUUAGGCACGUUUUGAUUGGUGAAUGACAACAGCUUCUUCAAACAUGGUCCAUUAUAAAUGCAAUUUUAGUCGUUUGUUUUUCUUCGCUUUAGCAUAACUUCACGGCUAUUUCCACUAAUGUUUAGCGGCCCAAAAUCUUGAGGGUGCGGCGUUACUUGGUGCGCCGACAUUCCCCGUUAACUAUGAGCCUCUUGAAUACAACUUCAAUCAGACCCCGUGGAUCCGAACCCUUAAAACUUUAUGUGGUAUUCGGAUUCCUUGUUACUGUGUUCGCUUCUAAUUCCAAAGACGACGAUGUCGACCCUCCGAUGUUGCCAUUCCCUCUUCCCAGACGUACUCCAGGGUUCGUUUUCAAUGGUGGAAAAUCUAACGCUGCGAUUCACUUAUCAGCAUUUCUUGAUCUCACUUGUGCUGACUCGAAGCGAGUUUGGCCUAUGAUUAAGAAACUUGCCAACAAGUAUGGACCAACGAAGAUUCGUCUGACAGUUCAUUUCUUCGCCCUCGCGUACUUUGACAACGCCUUCAGGGCUUUAAAGAGUGUGUUCACAGUGGCAGCCUACAAUUCGUCUUUACUGUUCCCAUGGGUGGAUGAUGUUUUCAAAAACCAAGAUCAGCUCAAGAAUUCGGCGAGGACCUCGACAAUGAGCCCAGAGGAUAUUGUACAAGUUAUCACGCAGAUGGCAAUAAGAGCUGGCAUUCUCUCAAGGGUGAUGAGUGACGGACUAAGAAGUCAUGACAUCGAGUCCGAGGCACGCAUGGCUUGGAAAUUCGCUUGUUCUAAGGUAGUGAUGGGAACACCUACGUUCUUUUUAAAUGACAUAUUUAUUGGAGGUGAUGCCUCAUCAAACUGGGGUGAAAAACAAUGGAAUGGGAUGAUUGACAAAAUUUUGAGGUAAUGGACUGAAUUGAAGUUGACAUCUUG